AUGACAUUAACGGAUUUCCCAAAACAAUAUGCCUUGCUUGUCGGUAUCGAUAUGUACUUGAAUGACGGCUCAAGGAAAAACGAGAAGAAUGGCCGUCUGUCCUUUUCGAGGCUUCGUGGCUGUGUCAAUGAUGUCCACGCAAUCGAAGAAUACCUUCAGCGGGAGUUCCGCUUAGAUGACUCUCGUGUUCUCACAGCGUCGUCCCCAUCUGUAAUGACACAUGAUGCCGUCCCACUAGAACCUCCAAGUAUGUGGCCAACAUUCCAUAACAUAAAGCGGGAAUUUGAUAGUAUCUAUGAGCUGGCUAGGCCUGGUGAUGGUUUCUUUUUUCAUUUCUCCGGACAUGGAUCACGCCUGCAACCGACUAGCAAGUCUCCCCCGGGGCGUUCUGUUGACCCAUCCUUAAUUACCGUGGACUUUUGCAAUGGGAAACCUGCGAUAAGGGGAUGGCAGUUGAAUGAGUGGUUGAAGAAGUUUAAUGAAAAGCAUAUCCGUACCGUCGUUAUUCUUGAUAGCUGCUAUUCUGGUGGCGGUUGGCGAGAUGGCAUGAAUGUUCGAACGACAGAAGACUGGACAAAUGUUCCUAAUACCACUGCCGACGAAGACGUUAUCACAGAGACAUUUAGUGAAACAAGUUAUCGUGAUGGCGAGCUACCAUUGUUGUGGGGCAUCAACCCAGAGGCAUUUACCCUUAUGGCAGCAUGUGAAAGCCAUCAAAAGGCGAUGGAGACGAUGGCUGGUGAUAAACAGCAUGGUGCAUUCACUUAUGAACUUUUGGCUUGCCUGGAAAACAGUCCACCAAGCAAGGUGCCUAUCACUUAUCGUGGUCUUCGGGACCAGAUCUCCAAAGAGCUCCAUCAACAGACCCCUCGGGUAUACGGUCGAGACGGGCUUUUAUUCUUUAGCAACACAGAACCCCUCUCAGCCACGCCAGUUGUUGCAUGGAUAAAGCAUCGUUGUGUUACUCUUCCCAUUGGAAAAUUUCAUGGCGUCAACAUAGGGUCCGAGUUCAGUACCUACCGGAUGCCAUACAUGGUAUUGUCAAUUGAUGACGUUGAUGACUUUCAAUGCACUGCUUCUAUUACAACACCUCAAGCAAGGGUCUUAGAGCAGUGUAUGUGUGAGCUUAUUCCAUCACGUUGGAGUCUAGGAGGUCAUAAUCUCCGUGUAUACGUCCAUCGAACUCUAGGGUAUGAAUUCCGACGGACCCUACACGGGGCUAUGCAAGAGAGAAUCAUUGGAAAUAUUGAAGUCUGUGAUAUGGACAACGACGACGACGAGCUAGAUACCACUAUUUUUAGGAUCAAGAAAAGUGGUGAUGGUGGCAUUGCCAUUUUUGGCCCAUCAUGUUUGAUGGGGUAUGAUGGCCCAUUACGAGGAGCCAGCCUUGUAAACGAAGGCUUUGACCAGCUUGCAAGAAAGGCCGCCGCUAUAUUGAGUCAUUUAAGUCGAUUCUCACAGAUUCUCAACCUCCAAACGCUAUGCUCCCCACUACGUGCACCUUUUGACCUCUGCAUUAGACGAGAAGGCAAGGCAAGUUCGUCCUGGGACAUCUCAAACAAAGUGAAAUUCCAACUAGUCAACCACUCCCAAAGCCCACUUCGCUUUACCAUUCUUGUCCUGGGGCCUGGCUUUCAUGUCAAGCAGCUUUAUCCAACCGAGAAUUCCUCAGCAUCUAUCGAGCCACGGGGCACAAUCUCGUUCUCAUUCAAGAUUGUAAUACCGGAUGCACUCCGAAGUCAUAGUGACCACCGAGAUAUUAUUCGCACUGUUGUAACUGAGGAGGAAUCCCUAUCUUGGAAGAAUAUUGAAUUACCGCACAUAUGGAAUACUGGACAGUUGGAGCACCUACGCCACCCCGUGGCCUUUGGAAGGGACGCGCUUUUCACAGAAGACCCCUGUGUUUGGAUACGCGAUGAGGUGAUUUUGACGGAAAACUGGUUGAACUAUUGA